AAAUUGCAUUUUAAAUCUUGAAAAUAAUGCAUUUGAAAAAAAAAGUUGGAUCACCACAAGACGCAAGUUGGCGCUAUUUAAUGCGAGUUGACAGCAAACUACUCGCUCGAGUAGACGUCCACCUGGGAAAAAAGAUACAAAAGCACAUAAUGUCUGAGAAAGUGCGCCAGAGAAGAAGCUCACGUUUACAACAACGAAAAUCAUCUGAUGACAAAGAUGAUGUAACUAGUAACAACAGAGGAGACGCUCCAGAUGGCAUUAAUCACGAUUCCUCAACAACUACCGCCACCAAAGACAAGCAUUCCGAAGAAGAGUCAUUCCAGACCGAUCAAUCAGAAGAUGAAACGUUAGAAGAUGAAGCGGUUACUGCAGAUGUUUUGACAUGGUUUCUGAAGACACUGAGCUUAGUUGUUGGUACUGCUUUGGUGAUUCUUAUUGGUUAUCAUUACAGCCUGUACAUUUGGACGUUGCAUGAGAACAGGCUUUGGUUUUCAAAGAUAAUGGAAGUUGAACGAGAGAUUUCAUUUCGGACAGAAGCAGGUCUUUACUAUUCCUACUACAAGCAAAUGGUACUUAGUCCAUCUAUAUCAGAAGGUUUAUAUGAUCUCAUAAAUGAUAACAACACCGAGAGUUGGCGUACUAUCAACAUCUUGAACCGGUUUAAUGUUUACCAAGAAGUGUUCCUUGCUUCUGUGUACAGAAUUUUUUCCCUCAAGAGCGUCAUUGAGCCUAUAUUUUUCUACAUCAAUGCAGUAUUUGCCUUACAUGGAGUCUACAUAAUUGCUCUGUAUGUGAUGGCUUGGCUUCUGUCGGGGUCUUGGCUUAGUGGUGUACUUGCCGCGGCUUUAUAUAUUUUCAACAAAGAUGAUACAACUAGAGUUGAAUACACUAUUCCUUUGAGGGAAAGUUUUGCUCUGCCUUUCAUGAGCCUUCAAAUGAUGUUCAUCACCUAUUACCUCCGACCACACAUUUCCAGAAAUGCUCAGAUUGUUUCAUUAGCUGGUAUCACUUUGUGUUCUUUCCUGUUUGUUUUAACUUGGCAAUUUGCCCAGUUUGUGUUUCUGCUGCAAGCUAUGGCAUUCUAUGGUACAGUGACACUUGGGUUUGUUCCACUAUGUAAGAUCCGUUAUUUGCUGGGGGCUCAAGUUGUAUCUAUUAUCCUAGUGUGUGUUCUGCAGUUUUUUAAUAAGAUGCUCCUUGGAGCUUUAGUGUUGAGUUUCAUUCCUGCUGCCUUAAUUGUUUUACACUUACAAGCCCGUUUUAAUGUGAGGACAAACAUUGGUGUAAAUAUUGCAAAAAUUCUUGCUUAUAUAUUUCUGGUUCUUUUUCUCACCAUCUGCUUUAAUGCAAUAGUGAAGUACCUGAUCAAUUUAGAUGACGAUCAACAUAUUUUCAAAUUUCUUCUUGCGAAAUUUGAGGUUGCAAGUACAAGAGAUUUUGAUGCCCUAUUGUACAAAUGUAAUGGAGCCUUCCAGUUUCUAUCACAUGAUUUCUUUGAGCGGACAUCAAGUCAUCUUCUUUUUCCAAUCUAUUUACCUACCAUAAUAACAAUAUUAGUCUGUGUCUUGAUAUCGGUCCUACAAAGAUGGAGAUUGCCUUUGAAGGAGAAGAUGGAUGAUAAUGAUUGUCAACAUGAACCACUCCUACAGCAACGUCCUGAGUUAGCGUACCACGCCAUCCAGUCAGUAUUCUUUGGAACAUUGGCCCUUACUGUUCUGCGCAUUAAAUAUCUGUGGACACCCCAGAUGUGCGUCUUAGCUGCCGUUGGAGUAGGUGACACACAGGGCUGGAGGCUCUUGAUGAGGAAAAUAGGCAUUACCUCGAAAACAUAUGUUAGUAUCAUUCAACAUGCUGCUACACUCACUGUAAUUGCAUUAUUGGUCUAUUUGUGCUUACCUGAUGCCAUGAGUCAGCUGGGCCUACUAAGAGAAUUCUACGAUCCAGACACAGUUGAACUCAUGGUGUGGAUCAAUCAGCAGACCCCAAAGACCGCUGUGUUUAGUGGCAGCAUGCAGCUUCUAGCCGGGGUGAAGCUGUGUACGGGGAGAAAGCUCACCAAUCAUCCGCAUUACGAGGAUAAAAUGCUACGAGAAAAAACAAGACAAUUGUAUCAGUACUACGGAAGGAGGACACCAAAAGAAGUCUUUGAUAUACAUGAGAAGAUUGGCACAGAUUACAUCAUAUUGGAAGACAGCAUCUGCUAUGCAAGAGCUUCCCCUCAAGGAUGUCGGCUACCAGAUAUCAUUGACAUCACCAAUGGUCAUCUUUAUUCGGGUGCCAUGGCUUCCGAAGAACCCGGCUUAGAGGAUAUCAGUACUUUGCGAUUCUGCGAUGGUAUUCAAGGUGCAUCAGAGAAAUACACUAAAUAUUUCAAAACUGUACUCAAGAAUAAAACAUUUAGAGUAUAUAAAUUAAAUAAAGAUAAACAUAAAAAGAACAGAAAACAAAGCUAACAAGAUGUAAACAUUUUGUGUCCAUGCUACAGGACUGUACCAUUGUCAUAAUGGGUGAUACCAGAAAGCUUUUCAAUUCAGAUUUUAAACAUAUACUCAAAUGGUAAUUGGAAGGUCUUGGGUUUGAAUCCCUAUAUGGAUAAUGCGUUUUUCUAAAAAAAUGUAUUAAUAUCAACAGUGGAGGUUAUCUCAAUACCAAAGUUUCUAUCAUUCCUUGAGAAAAAAUGUCCUAAUUGAAGUACAAGGGUGUAUACUGUACCACUUACUCAUAGCUAAUUUGGUAGAGUAUCUGAAUGGUAAUCGGAAAGUCUUGGGUUCAAAGCCCGAUGGACACAAUAGGUUUUUUAUUAAUAUUGUUACCACCAGUAGAGGUGGAUCUCCAUUACAAAGUUAAUAUGGUGUGCUUUUAUAACAAAUUU